UGUCCUUGGAAACUCCAAGUGCGCGCCUGCGGAUGGUCAGGGGACCAAACGCACGGACACCGCAACACCCGAGUGAUGGAGGCUGAAGUUCGGGAUCGCCAUGAAUGACAAAUAUCACAGGGCAGCUCGAGAUGGCUACCUUGACCUGCUGAAAGAAGCGACGCGGAAGGACCUGAACGCUCCGGAUGAGGAUGGCAUGACACCGGUCCUAUGGGCCGCGUACCACGGCAACUUGGACGCCUUGCGGCUUGUGGUGGGCAGAGGGGGCGACCCAGAUAAGUGUGACAUAUGGGGGAACACGCCACUCCACUUGGCUGCUGCCAACGGUCAUCUCAACUGCUUGUCUUUUCUGGUGUCUUUUGGUGCCAACGUGUGGUGCCUGGACAACGACUACCACACACCGCUGGACAUGGCUGCCACCAAGAAUCACAUGGACUGUGUGCGCUAUCUGGACUCCAUUGCUGCCAAGCAGACAACCCUUAACCCCAAACUAGUAAGCAAGCUGAAGGACCGAGCUUUCCGCAAUGCUGAAAGGCGCAUCAAAGAAUGCGCAAAACUGCAGCAGAAGCACCGUCGGCGUAUGGAGCGCAAAUUUCAGAGAGAGACGACGGAAGCGUCCGUCUCUGAUGUCAUGAGCUUUUCCAGCUACGCAAGCAGCACGUUGAGUCGCAAGUUACACCACUUCAACACUGCCACAAGUGUGCCAUACUCCCAGGCUACUCUACAUGCCACAGCCAGGGGCAAAACUAAGAUCCAGAAGAAGCUUGAGAAGAAAAAGCAAGGCGACGGGACCUUCAAGAUCUACGAAGAUGGACGAAAAAGUGUCCACUCUUUGUCUGGCCUACAACUGGGAAAUGACGUCAUGUUCUUGAAGCAGGGUACAUACGUCAAUCCUAAAGAUCGGUCCCGUCGCAAUAUACGAGACAUGUUCCCAGGUGACAAUGAGGAUGCCAUCUCACGUGCCAUCAGUGAGCCUGACCUGCACGGGCAAGACGUGGAGCGCUCGGAGAUCAGCACCGAUUCGGGUCACGACUCGCUCUUCAACCGUCCAGGACUCGGCACCAUGGUCUUCCGCCGUAACUAUGUGAGCGGCGGACUUUUGGGCAUCGGACACAGAGACGAAGGCAGUCUGGCAGGCAGCGAGCGAGUCGAUAACGUGCGCCUGCACAGUCGAAUGCAUCGGCAGCCCGGUAUGGACAAUGACAGCAUCGGAAGCGCUCGUAGCCUGCAGGAGAGGAACGAGCAGGAGCUGCCGUGGGAGGAGGUGGAGCUGGGGCUGGACGACGAUGACGAGCCUGAGACGAGUCCGCUGGAAGUCUUUCUGGCCACACAGAGCAUGAAUGAAUUCAUUCCUAUCUUAAAAAGAGAAAAAAUUGAUCUGGAUGCCCUGUUGCUGUGCACAGACGACGACCUGAAGAGCAUUCACAUCCCAUUGGGGCCCCGCAAAAAAAUCAUGGACACCUGUCAGCGACGACUUGAGACCAUAGAUGAGCCAGGCUGCCUCGAGGACACCGAGUUAUGAUCCUAAUGUCUGUUUUUACCUCAUUAAAGGGCCAAUGUUGAAACAACAUAAUAUGAAGCUAAUAAUAAGCAGAUGUUUAUACAAACACAAGUACGUGUGUGUAUUGCAGAUCUAAAAGGAUUGCUGAACGUUGUUGUUACAGCAAUGAUUGUACUAUUAUCUUUCUAAGAUAGUUUAAGUUGCUCAAAAAUAUAUAUAACUGUGGCAAGAAAUGAAAAGAAUAGUGGUAGGAAUAAACAAAUUGUUUAAUAGAUGUAAGAGGUCUAUAAUAAAUGUAGUAACUGAAGGACAUGAGCAGUAAAUAUGCCGCAAUAUGGUAAUAAUUAUGUUAAAAUGUAAUUAGUUAUUAUGUGUCAUGUGGCAAACACAGAGAGCUGAAAUGAGGAUUCUACCUCAUAACACUCUCAGUCUUGUAAUAUUUCGGCCCCCAUGGGGUAAAUGUUUCAGUGCCUGUGCUGUUUGUGCCAGGACGAUUCCAUACAAAAUGUCAUUUUAGACAACUUUUGUAUAUUAUUUGCUAUUUUGUAAGACACAUAAUACUCAGUAUGCAGAACACAAAUGUACCGUAGUUCUUCCUAUCAUGGCUAACAUAAGGGAAUAGAAAUAGAAAUGAAUAAUUAGAAUUUGAAUUCAGUGCUAGAGUUCAUAAGAGGAUAAAAUCAUUUGUUUAGGCAUCAAAAUUUUGUUACACACAAUGUUUACAUGUAUCUGGCCAUAACAAAUGUUUGUGAAGUAUAAAUAUUUGGGUAAGUUAGUUUAAACUGUGAGCUCUUUGAAGUGACCAGUUAUUAUUGUCAGUAAACAGGUCUGCAAAAGAACAGGUUUUUUACAUGUAUUUACCCAAUAUCUUCAUUUAAUUUAUUACCAUAAACAACACUCCCAGCUGUUUACGUUUAUGUUUUAUAAC